AGCCCACAUUUGUUUCACCUAGUGGCUUGGCUCUGAGCAGAGGUUCACUGUAACUGUAAUUGCCAUUUGUAGUUGCAGUGCAUUGGGGCAAUACGAGACUUUCCUUCUCCUUCACUACAAGUGGGUGUUUGCUACAUCUGAGUUCCUGAGAAGCUGCCUGCAGUGCGUCCCAUUUACCGUGUGGGAGAGAGGAGAUGAGCCAAGCGCGCUGUGCACUGAUACAGAAGAAAUGCCCUUUUAAGACAGUCAAACACACAGUUCUGUUUGUCUCUGUUACUAAGGCUUGGAAAGUGAACAGUAAGUCAUGCCAAGCUGAAGGAAAAUUGCCCGGCCCUGGGCCGAAUCCUCAACUGGCAAAAUUCCAUUGAAGUCAGUGGAGUUUGUCCUGCAGAGAAAUUGGGCCCCUGACUUUUACUGAGGGCAAAGUGCAGUUUUAAAUCUCCAAGUGUGACACAUCGAUUCUUAGAACAAAAGAUUCUGCUUCAGUUCUCCCCCUCCUUCCUCUUUUAGCGCCUGAUCCCGGAUGGUGCUGAGCACCCUCAACUCGUCCACAGGAUGCCCUCAGCACCUUCCAAAUGGAGCUGAGCUCUCUGUUUGGCUCUUCCCCCACCUGAGCCGGAGCAGCAGCCAACGUGGGUCUUUUCAAAAGCGUCCCUUGACUUCCCUUUGGAACUCAGAACCUCUGCUCGUUACUAAUCAGUGAAGCGGGCUGCAUUUGCCUUUUAAAAAUGCCUCACAGACAAGUGAAGAAGACAAAAUGAGGGUGAUCAAUGAAAUGGUGCAACGGGCCUUGGAUCGAAUCGACGGGGCUAUGACACCUGGAUCAAAUAAGGUGGUUGGGCACAUCCAUCCAGAAUGUGACUUUUUAGCGGAGCUGAAGAAAAAUGAGAAUGAAUGUCUGAGGGGUGCUGAAAAUCACGGAAAUGAAACUGCAGGUUGCAGGAAAACGUGGGACAGGCUACUGUGCUGGUCAAAUGCAGAAGCUGGUGAGACUCUCACACUGCCCUGCCCGAAAGUCCUCUUUCACUUCCUCAAGGAGCCAGGCUUGGUAAGAAGAAACUGUACAGUGAAUGGCUGGUCUGAUCCAUUUCCCUCCUAUCACAUUGCCUGCCCAGUGAACGAUGAGAUUCCAGUUCAGGAACACUCCUAUUUUUCUACUGUAAAGAUCAUCUACACUGUGGGGUACAGCAUAUCUAUCUCCUCCCUCACCCUGGCUGUGACUGUUCUUAUUGCAUUCAGGAAACUCCACUGUCCCAGAAAUUACAUCCACAUCCAGCUCUUUCUCACCUUCAUCUUGAAAACUAUUGCCAUUUUCAUUAAGGAUGCGGUCCUCUUCCAGGAGGAAGAUAUUGACCAUUGCAGCUUUUCUACAACGGAAUGCAAGAUAUCAGUGGCUUUCUGUCACUAUUUUAUGAUGGCUAAUUUCAUGUGGCUGCUGGUAGAGGCCCUCUACCUGAACUGUCUGCUCUUAUCAUCCUUUCCUCACGGAAGACGCUAUUUUUGGUGGCUUGUUCUGUUUGGAUGGGGUUUCCCAACGGUUUUUACCCUAGUGUGGAUAUUAGCAAAGCUGUAUUUUGAAGACACCGCAUGCUGGGAUAUUAACCAAGGCUCGCCUUACUGGUGGCUAAUCAAAGGACCCAUUAUCAUUUCUGUUGGGGUCAACUUUAUCCUUUUCAUCAACAUCAUCAGAAUCUUGCUGAAAAAGCUGGACCCGAGACAAAUCAACUUCAAUAAUUCAUGUCAGUACAGACGUCUCUCAAAAUCGACGCUGCUUCUCAUUCCGCUAUUUGGGACACAUUACAUUGUCUUCAACUUCCUCCCUGAAUACACCAACCUGGGAGUCCGGCUAUAUUUAGAGCUCUGCAUUGGAUCUUUCCAGGGAUUUAUUGUAGCCGUUCUGUACUGUUUCCUUAAUCAAGAGGUGCAAGCGGAAAUUGGCCGGAGAUGGCAUGGGAAGAGCUAUGGACUUAUGCCAAUGUGGAGGAAGAGGACGAGGUGGACCAUGCCAUCUAGUUCUGCGAUAAAAAUGACUACCUCUGUGUGUUAGGGACAGGUGCUGGACUGGGAGCAAUGGUGUUUAAGAGCCCAAAUGUGAUUCAGGAACCUGAAUUUAAAUCAUCUGACUGUAACUUAAAAUGCCUGAGUGAAUUAGAGAAGACUAAUCCAGUUCUGUCUAGUUCCGUAGAAAUUCCCCACACCAGACCUCUACAGAAGUUUAUGAAGUUACAAGCAUUACAGCAUCAGAUCAAACACCAACCGGCUGCUUAUAUAAUCCUUUUCAUGUGUAUCAUACGAGGCACAGCAACAGAAUCAUAACAGCAACACCCUCCUCUUCUUGUGUCCAUUUCUGAACUAUUUUCAUGGACUACACAUUAAAGCACAUCAACUGAGAGCUCACCCAAAGUAUCCUAGGGUGACACCAUGAAAGUGUCAGAUCUGGAAUGCACUACCAUCCUCUUCAAAUUGUGGGAACUGGAUUCAGACUGCUGGUUGUGAAUCAGUAGACUAGCAAACAAGAAACAGAAUGCCUUUUGAACCUACAGCACAAUGUUAUCAGUCCCCUCAUAAGUAAGGAGAUUCAGAGUUAAGGCGAAACCCAACUAUAGCCUGAACUCUUGAUAUUGUGCAAAAGCUGUUUCCCAAAUUAUGGUCCCUGCACCACCAAUAAUGUAUCUUGGUAGCCGACAAGUGAAACUUACUGAGAAUUAAGUAGUAGGAAACUGAGCUGUUGGAGGAAGAUGAUUCCAUGAGGGUGGUGUUUUAUGAGAAAUUGGGCUAAGUAACUAAAACAAGCAGGGAAACCAAUGAAGCUGCCCAUUGGAGAAAGAGAAUAGGAUAGGCAACGUAUUGAUAAAUUUUCACUUGAGAAGGAAAAGCAAUGAGAAUAAUAGAAAAAACAGUGAGUAAGAAAGUGGGAGAUGUUUGAGAGAGACAAAAGAAGAAAAUAAAUGAGUAUGGGAAGAGACUAGAGGUGGUCAGGAAAGUAUUGUUUUUCCCUGUGAAAAUUUUUGACAAAAAUAAAUGUUCACUUGCCAAAAAUUUUCUUCUUGAUUUUUCAGGCUUUCGUCAAAAAAACAAACGCUAUUUUUUUUUUUCAGUUUUAAACUGGAAAAACAAAACCUUUUUUUUUUUUUUGACAAAAAUUUGAAUUUAUUUUGCAAAGCUUUCUGGUUUUUUGGAAAAGCCAUUCUCCAUCAAAAAACAAAAAAAGAUUUCAAUAGAAAAUUUUCACCCACUUCUAGAAGAGAGUAUAAUAAUGCAUGAUACAAGAGCUGGCUCUUACCAAUUAGUACAUGCAAAUAGUAGCAUGAAUGCAGAUUUCUCCACAAUAGCGUCUGCUCUCAGAGGAACAUAUUGCCUUAAAGACUGUGGGCCAGAUCCUCAAAGGUACUUAGGCUCCCAGUGAAAGUUAGGAGCUUAAAUAUCUUUCAGGAUCUGGGCUACAUGUCUGUUCUAGCGUCCUUGAGCACUCGAAAUAGCAGGGACAUAGGAAUUGUGGGGCUCAACUACAGAAGGGCCAGGUGACUUAAGUUCUUUCUUAAACAGCUUUGGCUGGUUUUGCUCUCCAUUGUCGUCACACUCAUUUAGGAGCUUGGGAAUCAAAGUGCAUUCCCUAUCUUUGUCCUUUUCAUUGAGCUUUCCCAAAUGGGUGCUGGAGUCUGGGGAGAGAGCGAUUAUUAUCAGUGAACUUUUCGAAUAGGAACAGCAAGUUUCAGAAAGUGGGGAGGAUAAACUUUAGUGAAAGAUGACAGGCGAGAGGUCAAUCAGCAUCCAUCCAGUACCUUUGGGCAUUCCGCUGGGCUUUAAUCUCAGCAGUUUAAGCAACAAAAAUUAUAAUAUGGCAGAGAGAGGAGUGGCCUUCCCCUUUCUUGUGUGGUAGCCUGAUACAGGUAAUUCAAUGGGAUGGGUUGAUCUUCCAUGGACAGAUCUUCCCCCUCCCUUGUGGAAGUAGGGGUCAGUCUCUUUGACACUGGACCCCACUCUCCUUCCUCUAACCCACAGGCCUGCCUUCUGCACUAGGGAUGGGGAUGGAGACUGGGGGGGUGCACAAUUCCCAGCUGUGCAGUGACUCCCAGGAGAAUAUAACACAUGUUGGCGCUCCUCAAUAUCUCUUACACAGAGCCGGGAGACCCCCUUCCCCUGCCCACAUAGAUCCUGUGGGCACUUUGGUGAGUACCUGUAAUUCAUGUUGAUCACAUGAAUGUAUGAGACCCAAGGUGAAAUGAGGGUUUUCCAGCAGUCAGGGCCUUAUAUAAAUACCUAUAAGAGUUGAGUGAUGUAGUCAAUGUGUAUUAGAUUGGAGGCAUUGUAAGAUUAAACCCUCAAGGUAAUUAAUUGAGUUUUCACUCCAUACACCAGGAAUUAUCCAGCCUCAAUAAGAUUAUUAAUUUUCACAUGAUUGGGUAGAGAGAGUUUUCAAGCUUCUGAGGUUUCAAAAUUAAUCUUCAAGUUGGAAAUGUAUCCCCAUAGAGCACAUAGUGUCACCACAUUGAGAAAAAAGAGAAUGAGACUGAGGGCAAAUAGAAAUCUUUCUUGUACUUAUGAGAUCAUUCUAUGUUUGGUGUUGUACGGUUCUAAACGUGUGAUGUCAUUUUCCAUGUUCCUAUGUCGUGACCAGUGAUAUUACAUAUGGCGUAUCAGGACACAGAUAACUGUUGAAUUUUUUGUCCUCAAUUUUUUCCAUUGUUUGUAAUCCUGUCUUGGAAACCUGAAAAUAUUUACUUCACACGAACGUUCUCUUCUCUCAAUUGGUUAAUGAUUUUUGUCCCUCCCGAGUGCUAUUGGAUCUUAUCUGAAAAGGACAUGGCAGUUUUAUAACACGAUACAUUAAUACAUGGCCUUAAUCAGUCCAAGUAUUUGUGUUUGUGUAAGAGCCUGCAUUAUGGGUUGAAUCCAAAGGCCAGUGAUGACAAUGGCUCUCUUUCCAACUGACUUCAGUGGCCUUUGGCUCAAGCUUUAUGCCACUAAGGUUUGACUGUGCUAAAGCAACCUGAUAAGAAUCAACAUAAUGAAGGCUAAAACAAGCAGGUGGUGAAGGAAGCAUUAUUUUCAGAAAUGUAGUGUAUCAUUCUCCUCACCUCCACCCAAAUAAGCGUUCUUUGGUUUGUGCAAGGCUCUACCAUCUCCUAGAAUGCCCUCACGUUUCACUCCACUUUAUUCUUUCUGUGAUGCAGCCCAUGACUGUGGUACCGGGAUAAACAUCCAAAUUUACUUUUGUUGAGUUAACGUGGAAAAGCUUCAGACCAUAAGCCAACCUCUGUGGGUGGGUAGGAAGAAACUUUCCCUCAGGACAGUUUAUCUUAUCACUGCCUUCAGCAGAGCUUCUUGUAUUUUCCUCUGAAGCAUCUAGCGCUGACCAUUGUUGGAGCUACAGUACUGGACUGGAUUGACCACUAGGUUGAUCUGGUAUGGCAGUUCCUGUGUUUGCAUUUUCACUCCAAAUGGAUUACUUUUCAGGCAAAAACAUUCAAAUGUAAAUUUUGAAAUUCAGACUGUUGCUCACAGACAAAGGCGAGAAAUCGAAUGCUCACCUAUUUGCAUGCAACACCAGCCAUUUCAUGAGAACAUAAUGAAACGCACUAUAUCUGUGGCACAAAAAACACCCACAAAUGAAAGUGCCAUUUUUCCUCUCAUUUCAAGAAUUUCUCCGUGAGUCUCAUUUCUGUACAUAACUGUUAGCAGGCACAAAAGAGAACGAACUUGCUCAAGAGAAGCAGAUAGUCUCUUGCUGUUGUUUCCUCUUUUAAAUGUCAGUAACCGAACUCAGGUUUCAGAGUAGCAGCCGUGUUAGUCUGUAUCCGCAAAAAAAAAAGGAGUACUUGUGGCACCUUAGAGACUAACAAAUUCAUUUGAGCAUAAGCUUUCGUGAGCUACAGCUCACUUCAUCGGAUGCAUGCAGUGGAAAAUACAGUGGGGAGGAACAGUGGGGGUGGGGGAGGAAUAAACAUGGGGAAAUAGUUUUACUUUGUGUAAUGACACAUCCACUCCCAGUCUUUAUUCAAGCCUAAUUUAAUGGUGUCCAGUUUGCAAAUUAAUUCCAAUUCAGCAGUUUCUUGUUGGAGUCUGUUUUUGAAGUUUUUUUGUUGAAGAAUUGCCACUUUUAGGUCUGUAAUCAAGUGACCAGAGAGAUUGAACUGUUCCUCACACGUUCUUGUCAACUGCUGGAAACGCUCACCUUGAUUAUCACUACAAAAGGUUUUUUUCUCUCCUGCUGGUAAUAGCUCUCCUUACCUGAUCACUCUUGUUACAGUGUGUAUGGUAACAACCACUGUUUCAUGUUCUCUGUGUACAUAAAAUCUCCCCACUGUAUUUUCCACUGCAUGCAUCCAAUGAAGUGAGUUGUAGCUCACGAAAGCUUAUGCUCAAAUAAAUUUGUUAGUUUCUAAGGUGCCACAAGUCCUCCUUUUCUUAGUAACUGAACUGUUUCUUUGGAUUUAGUGGUGUGAAUUUUCUCCAUCUCUUUGAGGUAAUUUGUCAGUAGACUAGCAGAGAAUUUCCUGAAUCUGUACUUGUUUAACAAAGGAGUUGUGCUAUUAAUUCAAUAUGCUUUAAUUGUAAUCUUAAUGUCUGUUAUAACACAGACAAACAUGACAUAUCACAAGGUUCGCCAAUGUAACCUUGAUUAAAAGGUGUUACCUAGAAUAAGAAAUUAAACUAUUUUUUACAUUUGCAUUUUUACAUUUUACAAUUUUUACCUUUUUUGUUUUUUGGAAAGGGAGUGAGAUUUACUGUAAAUUCAGAUAGUCCUGAGCUGGCCUAACAUUAAGAAUUUUCCAACAUGUGUGUGCUUACUACACCACGCAGUUAUGUUCCUCCAGGUUCUUGGCUUUCAUAUGCAGUCAAAAAUUGUAUGACAAGUGAAUGGAACUGGAACUCCUUCAGGCGAUUAUACUAACCACAACUGUUGUCUCAUUGUGGCUCAAAAUGAAGCUAGAAUAUAAAAUUGGAUUAUGACAGUGGCAAAUCAGGCCCACUGAGUCUAAACUUUUACACGCUUAUUUGUGUUUCUAGUGGGAAGAAGAAAAAAAACUCUUAAAAGACAUAUUCUGACUUUCUACAGCCAGAACACCUGGAGCUGUGAGCCAAUCAUCUCACAAGCUUUUUUCUGCUUUCAUGAAAACUCCCAAGCUUUUCAAGGCUGCUGUAAGAAGUGGCAUAUCUCUCCGUCAGUACAGAAUCAGUGAUCUAGCGACUUUUUGUGACUCCCAUUGGCUGUGGGAGAUCUACUGAAAUUGUAAGCUCUUGGGUCAAGGACUUUAUCUUCUUAUCUUUAUGUCAUGUUCCUAGCUAUAUAGAUAAAUAACAGUACUAAUAAUUGUCAACAAAUAGCAGCUUUGGGAGCACUGUGUAGCUGAAGACCCCAUCUUCAAUUAAUAGCUGAGAAUAAAUGUCCUGUUGUAGCAUGUUGAAUCUGUGUUCAGUGCAUUAAAUUAUUCACCCAGGUAGCACUU